AUGGCUCAAAAUCAACUUUUUUCUACGGUAACUAAUGAGGAUCUUGAAGAUUAUGAAAAUGAUGCAUCGAAUACGACUAUUAAUUUUGAAAAGAAGAAUGAUGAACUUGUCGAUGAAUUUAUUACGAAUAAUAAUACCGCUGAGCAAUCGAUGAAUGCUAAAACUACAGAUGAGGAUAAACAACCUAACUUUAUAGACUCCAGCGAAAUCAAUGCAACAAGUGAAAUUUUGUCAGAUCAGAAUGAUGAUAUCUCUGUUCGUAAUGUUGAAGUCGCUGAAAUCUUAGAAAAUGAUGACAAAGAUCCCACUACUAUUGAUCAAACUGCUACGAAAGAGGUCACUCCGAUUGAUGAUGUUCAAUUAAUUCUACUUGAUAAUGAUGAAGACCUUCUUCCGGUUGAUAAACAAUAUGAUUUCAUAAAGACUGAAGAGAUAAAGCUCUCUCCUGAUAACGAUAAAGAUAUUGAUAAUCCACAUGAUUCCAUAAAGUAUGAGGAAAAGGUUUCUCCUGAUGACAAAGAAAAUAUUGAUAGUCAACAUGAUUUCAUAAAGACUGAGAGAAGAGUAUCUUAUGACGAUGAAAACUUUGAUAGUCCUGAUUCCGUAAAGACCGAUGAACAACUAUCUCUCGAUAAUGAUGAAGAUGUUGAAUCAUCAACUCCAUCUACACCGCAAGGCGAUGAAAAUAUAUUGGCAACUAUUUCCAAGGUGGCUCCAGAAUUAAGUCAAGUUUUAAAUACUUGGAACAGUGAAUUAAACCGACAUAAGGUCUCAAAAGAUCUUUCCGAUGUCUUGGAUAAAGAUCCUGACACGGAUAAAUUAUUACAGGAUGAAAUCACACAUGUGAAAGAUGAUGUCAUCAAUGAUGGGGAAAAACACGAUGUAAAAGAUAAAGGAGAAGACCUUGCAUCAGAUAUACAAAGUUCUUCAUCCGAGCGAAUUAAAAAUAUCUCGAACAAAGACUCUGACUUAGAUAAAUUAUUGCAAGGUGAAAUCAUAUAUGUAAAAGAUAAUGAUAUCUAUGAAGAGGACGUGAAAGAUGAAGAUAAAGGAGAGGAGUUUAUGUCAGAUAUUCAAGGCUCACCAUCUAAACGAAUCAGAAAUAUCACAGAUAAAGAUCCAGGCUCUGACAAGUUAUUGCAAGACGAAAUCACACGUAUAAGAAAGGAUACUAUCGAAGAAGAGGAAAACCCCAACGUGAAAGUUGAAGAGAAUUUUGUAUCAGACAUACAAGGCUCACCAUCCAAGCGAAUCAAAAUUGAAGCUAACUCUAACGAAAAAUAUGAUAUAAAUGUUUCACAAGUCCAAACUCUCCUUCAACCCACGUCGAGUGCACCAACAUCCAUCGUUUCCGAUGUUGUUGAAUCUAUGUUUGUUCCAGGAUUUAAUAGAAAUGUCGUAUUGGCCAUAGAUCUUGUUUUCCUGAUGCUGCUUAUUGUUGAAGGUGUACUUGCAGUAAUGACAAAUUAUAAUGUUUACGUACUUGUCCACAUGGGGAUCACUUUGGUACUAUUUAUUGCUUUACAAUUGUUUCUUGCUGAAGCUUAUCGUGCACAAAUAGAAGAGGUUAGCUUAAUUACCAAAAAAGAAGAAUAG